UAUUAUGCUAUAAAUAUAUUACCAAUUUUAUAAAAUUUUUCUUUAAUUAUACAUAUAUAAUAUUAUGUUAAAGUAUUAAUUUCAAAGAUAGUAUUAUACUAUUAAUCUUCUAAAUAUAUUUACAGGGUUAUUCUCGUAGUUUAUUCUUCAAAAAUAUGACAACAGAAGAAGGAAAUCGUAACUCAACAUUACAAUCAUUAGAAGAAAAUGGUGUAACUAGUACAUCACAACAUGCAGGAAAUAGUAGAGAACCAAAUACUGCCAGAUCUCAGGAACAAAGUAGCCGACAAAAUAAUCUGCAAAGAAUACAACAAAGAAAACAACAAAUGUUAAAUUUACCACAAAUGAAAAAAAUAUUAAAAAUUGCAACAUAUAGUGCAUGUAAAGUUGAUGAUUGCAAAUGUAUUGGAUGGAAAAAUUCUCAAAUAAUAACUAAAUCUAAAAAUGAUUCACAACAACCUGUUAUAAAUUUUUUUGAUCCUUGUAAAAGUUGUAAACAUGUUUUAGAAAAUCAUGUUUCACAUUUAACUAAUCAAUCAGAAGAAGAAAUCAAUAAAUUAUUAUGUAUGGUCAUAGAUGCUGAUAAUAUUUUUCUAGGAUUACAAAAAGAAGAAGAUCCUGAUACGAAAAAAGUUUAUUUCUAUUUAUAUAAACUUUUGAGAAAAUGUAUACAAUCUAUGACUAAACCUAUAAUAGAAGGUCCUUUAGGACAACCACCUUUUGAACGACCUAGUAUUGCAAAAGCAGUAAUGAAUUUUGUUGCUUAUAAAUAUGGUCAUUUACCACAAAGAGAUAUGCAAGCUAUGUGUGAUAUGGCAAAGAUGUUUUUACAUUGCUUAAAUCAUUGGAACUUUGAUCCACUUAGUGCUAGAAGAGGCACAAUCAGUGCAGAGGAAGCUCCUGCAUAUAAAAUCAAUCAUACUCGUUGGCUUGUGUUCUGUCAUAUACCAGCAUUUUGUGAUUCAUUACCUCAUUACGAUACAUCUCUAGUUUUUGGACGAACAUUUGUUCAAGCUGUUUUUAAACCUGUUUCUAGACAAUUAUUAGAUAAAUGUCAUAGUGAACGAGAUAAAUUGGCACCAGAGAAAAGAGUAAUAGUAUUAACACAUUUUCCUAAAUUCUUAUCAAUGUUAGAAACAGAAAUUUAUUCUGAUAAUUCACCAAUCUGGGAUCCUGAUUAUAAACAAGUACCUCCUACUUAUUUACAAUCUGCUUUGGAAUCAAAAGCAAAUCAAACAAGAAGAACAGGUGAAUUUGAAAAAGUCACUGUUCCACCAAAUGAUAAAGAUAAUUAUACAACAAUUAAUAUAAGUCCUGGUAUAAAAAAAAUUCAUGAAAAAAGAUCACAUUCUGAAGGUCGUUCAGAUGUAAAAAGAAGAAAAAAUGAAGAAAUUUUUGAAGACUUAUCAGAAGAAACAGUUGCUGAAAUUGUUGCAACCAUUAAUGAUCCUAAUUAUAUGUGUGGACCUGAUGCAGUAUUUCCACCAAAUGUUCCACGAGAUGAAACUGCUAAAAUUGAAGAAAGCAGAAAAAUUAUAGAAUUUCAUGUAGUUGGAAAUAGUUUAACACAACCAGUUUCUAAACAAACAAUGCUUUGGUUAAUUGGACUACAUAAUGUAUUUAGCCAUCAAUUACCUAAAAUGCCAAAAGAAUAUAUAUCUCAAUUAGUUUUUGACCCAAAACAUAAAACAUUAGCCCUAAUAAAAGAUGGUCGACCAAUUGGUGGUAUCUGUUUUCGAAUGUUUCCCACUCAAGGUUUUACAGAAAUAGUAUUUUGUGCUCUUACUAGUGAAGAACAAGUUAAAGGCUAUGGUACACACUUAAUGAACAUGCUUAAAGAUUAUCAUAUAAAAAAUAAUAUAUUACAUUUUCUUACAUUUGCGGAUGAAUUUGCAAUUGGAUAUUUCAAAAAACAAGGAUUUAGUAAAGAUAUAAAAUUACCUCGAUCGAUGUAUCAAGGAUAUAUUAAGGAUUAUGAGGGUGCAACAUUAAUGCAUUGUGAAUUAAAUGCAAAAAUUGUAUAUACUGAAUUCACGGCUGUUAUACGAAAACAAAAAGAAAUUAUUAAAAAGCUAAUUCAUCAAAGACAACAGGAAAUACAAAAAGUGCAUCCUGGUUUAACAUGUUUCAAAGAAGGUGUUAGAGGAAUUCCAGUAGAGUCUAUUCCUGGUAUUCGUGAAACUGGUUGGAAAAAUUAUGCUCAGACAAGAACAAGAGGAGUAGCUAAAGGAACUCAAGGACCAGAACCAAUGGAAGCAUGCUUAGAUAUCACAGAUUCUUUAUAUAAUGCAUUAAAAAAUGUUUUAAAUAGUGUAAAAAAUCACAGUACAGCAUGGCCAUUUUUAAAGCCUGUGGAUAAAAAUGAUGUGCCAGAUUAUUAUGAUCAUAUUAAAUAUCCAAUGGAUCUCAAAACUAUGACUGAACGAUUAAAAGCUAGAUAUUAUGUUACAAGAAGAUUAUUUAUUGCAGAUAUGACACGAAUUUUUACUAAUUGUCGUUUAUAUAACAGUCCCGAUACUGAAUAUUAUCGAUGUGCUAAUGCUUUAGAAAAAUAUUUCCAAACAAGAAUGAAAGAAAUUGGUCUUUGGGAUAAAUAAAAAAUGUAGAUUAAAAAUAAAUAAUCAUAGCUAUAAUUUCAUUUGUAAAUAUAGUAAUUUAAAAUUAGUUAAUUUGACAAAGAAAAAAUUUUUAAAAGAAUAAGAAAAAUAAUAAAAAAUAAAUUUAUUUAUUUAUUUACCUAUACAAUGUCUAUCUUUGAAAUGAGUUAAAAAUAUUUAUAUUUAAUAUUUGCAAUUUAUAAUAAAUUUAAUAUUAUAUUCUUUUAUCAUUUUUACACUCCAAAAGAAACGAUUAAAAAUAGAAUAUACAACUAAUUCAAAUUAGAUACUUAAUUUCACGGCCUAAUUAUGAGGAUUAGUCGAACAGUUAAUUAACGAAUGUAAUACACCGAUUAUAACGAGAUUCUGCAUAGUGAUUAUUCUAUGGAACAGUGAAUCUCUAAAAUGCGUUAAUUCUGGAAGACUUAGUAAACUGAAAUUUCCAUUUUCUAUAAAUAUAAUUAACUAAAAUAAAAUAAAAUUAAAAUAAAAAUAAACAUUUGUAUAUAAAAUAUAUUUUUUUUUAAAUACAAUUAAAAAUUUA